AUUUAUCUAACAAAAAAUAAAAGUGUGCAACGACCCCUCUCUCUCUCAAAAAACACGCACACACGUCUGUAGCUCUCUCUCUAUGGCCACCGCACUGUUCUCAAACUUCAGAUACUCCGACAGCCCCACCGUCGUCGGAGGAAUCUGGGUCUGGACUGCUGUGGUCGGCAAAGCCAUCUCAUGGCUUCUCAUCCACCAAACCACCUCCUACAAUCCCUCAAUUCUUCAUGACUGUUCCAUUCUACUCUCUCAAUUUGAGAUAUAUAUGUAUAUAUUCCGAAUACUAGCCUACUAGGGAUUUUAUGGUUCCAAUUUGGCUUUGUAAUGAAAUUAUAAAAUUGGGGUUCAAUCAAAUUGGUUUUUUUGCUCAUAUUAGGGUUUCCAUUUCAUGAUAAUGAUGGAUUUUGGUAUGGGAAUCUCGUCGACUGGAUGGGUAAAGUCCUCGCCACUACAAUUCGCAUCAAAUUUUCAAUUACAGUAACUUUAUGGAUAUUGGAACAUUGGGAAUUUUCAAAUCUUGAUUCCCUUCAUAUUGGUGGUCAGAAACUUAGGCCACUCGAGUCACAGAUUAUGCCUAUAUAUGCCUCUCACUCUCUCUAUAUCUAUAUAUGUGUCUAUACGUAUAUAUGUGUGCUGGUGAUAUCUAGGCAAGUCGGUUUGAAUUGGUUGGUUUUGGAAGGAAAAGAUAGAGUGAGAUGAUAUCGGUGGCGAUAGUGGCGGAGCUGUUGGAGGAGUACACGGUGCUGCUGGCGAGGGUGGUGGUGGAGCAUCUAUUCCACGAAGCACCAUUGCCGUCUCCGAGGCGGGUACCAUUGUCAACUCUACACAGCUAUUCGGAUAUAUUCCUAUCUGAAUUUGUACUUUAGACCAAAAAAUGUCAUGGUUUAGGAAAUCACCUGCCAAACAUUCAGAUGACGAAUCAGAUAAAAAGCGAACCUCUAAACCCACGAGAACUUCUUCUGAACCUGUGCUCAUUAAGCCAGAUUUCAAUGACGAUACGUCAGCAGCUAGAAACAAAACCAGGAAUGGUUUCCGCAACAAAGAAGAACUGGACAUGAUGUCUCAGCAAGAAUUGGAGGGCUAUGCUGUGGACAGGGCUGAGGAUACUACGAAGUCCGUCAAUAACUGUCUGAAGAUUGCCGAGAACAUCAGAGAGGAUGCUACAAGGACCCUUGACACUUUGCAUGAGCAGGGAGAUCAAAUCCACAGGACUCACCAGAAGGCUGUUGAUAUUGACCAGGAUUUGAGCAAGGGUGAAAAGCUGUUGGGAAAUCUUGGUGGCAUGUUCUCUAAGCCGUGGAAGGCAAAGAAGACACGUGAGAUUAAAGGGCCUGCAGCCACAACAGAUAAUCAUACCAGAAGGCACAAUUAUGAGGAUAGGGAGAAGUUGGGUUUAGCUCCAGUACACAAGGGAAAAUCGCGUACCCCUCCUCCUGAACCAACAAAUGCCUUACAGAAAGUUGAGAUGGAGAAGUCAAAGCAAGAUGAUUCACUUUCAGAUCUUAGCAACAUCUUGGGUGAUUUAAAGGGCAUGGCUGUAGACAUGGGAUCUGAACUUGAUAGGCAAAAUAAAUCUCUUGAUCAUCUACAUGAUGAUGUGGAGGAGCUCAACGAACGAGUGAAAGGUGCCGAUCGACGUGCACGUAAAUUGGUUGCGAAGUGAAGCCUUGUUUCAGAAUACCAACUUGCUGAACUUCUGACUCUGCAUUCAACUUCAAACCCGUUUGUUCGUUUCAAAUUUUCUUUUUUCCAUGUAAAAUUUAUCAGUAUUUUCAUAUGGUAUAUUUAUCCUUUGAUUGUUUUACAUGCUACAAUAAAAAAAAAAAUUGUUAUCCUAA